CCACUCUGAUCUAGUGGAUUAUCCUUGUAUCCUGCGAGCGCUUCUCCAAAUCGUACAGGCCGCGCUUAAUUCAGGACGGUCGAGCACGAGCACGAGCGCCUGAUCGAGAGCUGGGACUAUGGCGUCCGCAGUGGGAAGCAUGGCUGCAGUGAAUGCCGCGGCUUCUUUGAAGCCCGUGGAAAUCAGCGCUUCGAAGAGCGUGAAGAAUGCUCAGUCUCUGGCCUCUUCUUCCGCGUUUUCUCGUCUCUCCUUCAACGAUGUGCACCGGAGGCAGAGCAGGAGUGCUGUCGCCCGCAAGGGUGCCGUCCGCACCAAUGCCAUGGCCAAGGAGCUGUAUUUUAACAAGGACGGUUCCGCCACGAAGAAAAUGCAGGCCGGAGUGAACAAGCUGGCCGACCUCGUCGGUGUCACCCUUGGCCCUAAGGGUAGGAAUGUUGUUCUUGAGAGCAAGUACGGGUCUCCCAAGAUUGUGAACGACGGAGUGACUGUCGCGAAGGAGGUGGAGCUUGAGGACCCCGUUGAAAACAUCGGAGCGAAGUUGGUGAGACAAGCUGCUGCCAAGACCAAUGACUUGGCCGGAGAUGGAACAACAACAUCUGUCGUGUUGGCUCAAGGUCUCAUCGCAGAGGGUGUUAAGGUUGUCGCCGCAGGUGCCAACCCAAUUCAGAUCAUUCGCGGAAUUGACAAAACUAUUGUUGCCCUUGUUCACGAGUUGAAGCUGCUGUCCAAGGAGGUCGAAGACAGUGAAUUGGCUGAUGUCGCCGCUGUCAGUGCCGGAAACAACGAAGAGGUCGGAGCUAUGAUCGCCGAGGCAAUGAGCAAGGUCGGAAGGAAGGGUGUUGUCACCUUGGAAGAGGGGAAGAGUGCUGAGAACAGUCUGUAUGUUGUCGAGGGAAUGCAGUUCGAGAGAGGAUACAUCUCUCCCUACUUCGUAACUGACCCAGAGAAGAUGACCGUGGAAUACGACAACUGCAAAUUGUUGCUCGUCGACAAGAAGAUCACUACUGCUCGCGACAUGAUUGGAAUUCUGGAGGACGCCAUCCGCGGUGGAUACCCUCUACUUAUCAUUGCUGAGGAUAUUGAGCAAGAAGCUUUGGCCACUCUUGUGGUGAACAAGCUUCGUGGGUCCUUGAAGGUCGCUGCCCUGAAGGCACCCGGGUUCGGAGAGCGCAAGAGCCAGUACCUGGACGACAUUGCUUGCCUUACUGCAGGAACUGUGGUCAGAGAUGAGAUUGGCCUGUCUUUGGACAAAGUUGGAAAGGAAGUGUUGGGGAACGCUGCCAGGGUUGAGCUCACCAAGGACUACACCACCAUAGUCGGUGAUGGGACUACCCAAGACGCCGUCAGCAAGAGAGUUGUUCAAAUUCGAAACUUGAUCGAUAACGCCGAGCAAGAGUACGAGAAGGAGAAGUUGAACGAGAGGAUCGCAAAGCUUUCGGGAGGAGUUGCCAUUAUUCAAGUUGGCGCCCAAACAGAAACCGAGCUCAAGGAGAAGAAGCUUAGGGUUGAGGAUGCUCUCAAUGCAACGAAGGCCGCUGUUGAAGAAGGCAUCGUCGUCGGAGGAGGAUCAACUCUCUUGAGACUAGCUGCGAAGGUCGAUGCUAUCAAGGCAACCCUUGAGAACGAUGAGCAAAAGGUCGGUGCCGAUAUUGUGAAACGCGCUUUGAGCUAUCCUUUGAAGCUUAUCGCCAAGAAUGCAGGAGUUAACGGAAGCGUCGUGGUGGAGAAGGUUUUGUCGAAUGACAACCCUAACUGGGGAUACAAUGCCGCCACCGGUGUAUAUGAGGAUCUGAUGGCCGCAGGAAUUAUCGACCCAUCUAAGGUCGUAAGGUGCUGCCUCGAAAAUGCCUCAUCGGUUGCGAAGACCUUCUUGACAUCGGAUGUCGUUGUCGUGGAGAUCAAAGAGCCGGAACCCGCGCAACCAGCAAACCCUAUGGAUAACUCAGGUUACGGAUAUUGAGCACAGUAGCUAAGGAAGUCAGACGAUACGAAUUCGCCAUUAGAAAGAUGAGUGAGAUAAAUGCUGGGUUUUUGCUCCCGAUGUUAUAUGUUAGCAAAUUGCGGAAUUUAGUGAGCCAAAAUUGAGGUAUUGAUAUCCUGAAGUUAGCAGCAAUAUCUCUUUUGGUAACAAUUGAUGAGCUGUAGAUGGAGUCAUCAAUGAUUUAACAUAGGAUGGGUUGGACAUGUCCAUCCCAAAGUUGUAGAAUUACCUGUUGAAUAAAGUACACAAUCUAAAGAUUGGAAUCAAA